AUGGACUCUAAUGGAAAGUUCCUGGAUGAAAAGACCUUAUUCCCAAGGCACAGAACAGAGAAGAUCUGGUGCCCCAACACCAGGAGAGCCCUGGAGCUGUUAACAGUGCCUGAGCUAGGCUCACCUAGCCACAUCAUCAUCCAUACAGGCACCAACGACCUAAGGUCCCAACAGGACAGACUGGCAGACUCCCUGAGGAGAGUCACUGAGCAAGCCUCCACCAAUUUCCCUACCAGCAAGAUAGUCAUAUCCACGCUGCUGCACAGGAGAGACCCCCACACCAUUCACAGUGAGAGUGAAUAUCAGCCUCUCCAGGAACUGUGCCCUCAAACCCAACGUGUUCUUAGCCCACCACCCGACCCUCCACCUGAACUGCCUGUGGUCCUUCGGUAUAAGGUGAACGGCCUCUAUUGUUUUGAUUUAAGUUUGGAAUGUCAAAGCGGAAAUUGUGGGACUGAGAGCUUAGUGCUGGAUACUGUAGACACGGAAAGCAGUGGAGAGUGGUGUCAGAGAGAGGGAAUCUCUGUUCGGCAGCUUCCCAGCAAUGCUCCCUUUCGGCUUUGGUUAGAUGGUGGUAACUGGUUAACUAAUAUAAAUAACAUCGUAUCAUGGAGAGCCCUGACUCUGGUUGAGCUGAGGAACCGUUCGGACACCAGCCAGGCCAAUGGAUCACCCCAGACCACCAUACUGCCAGAUGUGAGAGUUCCUUCGAACUGUCAUAGAGAUUUCAACCUGUUGGCGUUUGACCCUGAUGGAGAUGAAGUUAAAUGCAGAUUCGCAAACACAGCACUGUCAGAGUGUUACGACUGCACGCUGCCAUCUGUUCUCAACCUCACAACAGUUGAACCUGCUGUUGUCCCUGCUGUCCCACCUACAAUCUCUGAUGUCACACCAACUGCCACGCCUCCAAACCCCAUGGAGGAUCAAGCAGCUGCUGUGGAAAUAUGGUACACCCCAGGAUGGAGCCACCGGCCAGCCACUGGAUUCCUAGAGGAAAGGCUGCGGAACAUCAGGAAGCGGCUGAGAUCAACCAGCAGGUUGCGGAGCAUGGCACAGAUGACAUCACCACAAACGCCAGAUGAUGCUGCUCUUGCAAGGCCUCUCAUACCAGAAUGUACCAUAUCAGACAAACGUGCGUCACAGUUUAAAGAAUGGUUGAGAAACAAUUCUCAGCCCCUCAGCCAGGUAGAGACCUAUAUGGAAAACACGGCAGUCUACAGGGCAAAGUGGAUCAGAGAAAACAGUUGGACUAUUGAUCAAAUCCUUGAAGAGUUCCCUCGCCUAAUGACCAAAGGCAUGUCUUGUACUUUGUCAUUCAGCCCAACCAGUAGCAGUAGUCAAGGUUCAUACGCCGUACAGCUGGUCAUGGAGGACUUUCCCAGGAAACCUAUCACCCUGACUCAAACUAACGGGGUGCAGACGACGAUAACUACCAACAACGCUAUAAGCAAACUACCUGUCCAGUUUGUUUUCAUUGUGGAUCCUGUGGUGCCAUCCUGCACAGAGGGACUUUAUCUGCCCAAGUUUCUGCCUCCAACCCCAGACAACAGAGCUCAGCUUUACGCCACUGUCAAUCAGACCCUGAAAAUCAGCUUUAAAGCAGAAGCAAAUAUCUCCACAAUUUCUGAGCUGCUUUUUAGUGGGCCGUACAACACAAUCCAGACUACAUUGGGAGCUGGACAGUUCAUCCUGAGUUGGACGCCGUCUGAAAACCAAAAUGGAGAAAGCCACCCCAUCUGUUUUGUUGUCCAGGCCGUUUCCAGACCCAACAUCUACACCAGUACCUACAACAACCACCACUAUAAAAACUACAACAACCCCACCAACAAUAUCCACCAUUCCCUUAACAACUACCCCACCAAUUACAAUAACCAUCACUUCACCAAUUACAACAACCCCACCAAUUACAACCACCAUUCCCUCAACAACUACCUUACCAACCACAGAAACCACCACUGCACCAGCUACAACAACCACACAAAGCACAACUACCAUUCCCUCAACAACUACCCUUCCAACCACAAUAACCACUACACCAGCUACAACAACCACACAAACAAAACUACCAUUCCCUCAACAACUACCCUACCAACCACAAUAACCACCACUACACCAAUUACAACAACACCCCCACCAACUACAAUCACCAUUCCAUCAACAACUACCCCACCAACUACAAUAUCUGCACAAAGCAAAACUACCAUUCCCUCAACAACUACCCUACCAAUUACAAUAACCAUCACUACACCAGCUACAACAACCACACAAAGGACAACUCCCAUUUCCUCAACAACUACCCCACCAACUACAACCACCAUUUCUUCAACAACUACCCUACCAACCACCGAAACCGCAACUACACCAGCUACAACAACCCCGCCAACUACAACCACCAUUCCCUCAACAACUACCCCACCAACUACAAUAACCACCACUACACCAACUACAACCACCAUUCCCUCAACAACUACCCUACCAACCACCGAAACCACCACUACACCAACUACAACAACCACACAAAGCACAAAUAACAUUCCCUCAACAACUACCCUACCAACCACAAUAGCCACCACUACAACAACCCCGCCAACUACAACCACCAUUCCCUCAACAACUACCCCACCAACUACAAUAACCACCACUACACCAAAUACAACCACCAUUCCCUCCACAACUACCCCACCAACUACAACCACCAUUCCGUCAACAACUACCCCACCAACUACAACCACCAUUCCCUCAACAACUACCCUACCAACCACCGAAACCACCACUACACCAGCUACAACAACCCUGCCAACUACAACCACCAUUCCCUCAACAACUACCCCACCAAUUACAAUAACCAUCACUACCCCAGCUACAACAACCACACAAAGGACAACUCCCAUUUCCUCAACAACUACCCCACCAACUACAACCACCAUUUCGUCAACAACUACCCUACCAACCACCGAAACCGCAACUACACCAGCUACAACAACCCCGCCAACUACAACCACCAUUCCCUCAACAACUACCCUACCAACCACCGAAACCACCACUACACCAACUACAACAACCACACAAAGCACGACUAUCAUUCCCCUAAAAACUACCCUACCAAACACAAUAACCACCACUACACUAGCUACAACAACCACACAAAGCACAAAUAACAUUCCCUCAACAACUACCCUACCAACCACAAUAGCCACCACUACAACAACCCCGCCAACUACAACCACCAUUCCCUCAACAACUACCCCACCAACUACAAUAACCACCACUACACCAACUACAACCACCAUUCCCUCCACAACUACCCCACCAAUUACAAUAACCACCACUACACCAGCUACAACAACCACACAAAGGACAACUCCCAUUUCCUCAACAACUACCCCACCAACUACAAUAACCACCAUUCCCUCAACAACUACCCUACCAACCACCGAAACCACCAUUACACCAGCUACAACAACCCUGCCAACUACAACCACCAUUCCCUCAACAACUACCCCACCAACUACAAUAACCACCACUACACCAAAUACAACCACCAUUCCCUCCACAACUACCCCACCAACUACAACCACCAUUCCGUCAACAACUACCCCACCAACUACAACCACCAUUCCCUCAACAACUACCCUACCAACCACCGAAACCACCACUACACCAGCUACAACAACCCUGCCAACUACAACCACCAUUCCCUCAACAACUACCCCACCAAUUACAAUAACCAUCACUACCCCAGCUACAACAACCACACAAAGGACAACUCCCAUUUCCUCAACAACUACCCCACCAACUACAACCACCAUUCCCUCAACAACUACCCUACCAACAACAACCCUGCCAACUACAACCACCAUUCCCUCAACAACUACCCCAACAUUUACAAUAACCACACAAAGCAUGACCACAAUUCCCUCCACAGCUACCCCGCCAACUACAAUACCCACCACUACACCAGCUACGACAACACAAAGCACGACUACCAUUCCCUUACAAACUACCCUACCAACCGCAAUUACCACCACUACACCACCUACAACAACCCCAACAACUAAAACCACCAUUCCCUCAACAACUACCCUAUCAACUACAAUAACCACCACUACAACAGCUACAACAACCACACAAAUCACAACCAUUCCCUCAACGACUACGCCACCAACAACAACCACCACCAUUACACCAGCUACAACAUCGACACAAAGCAGUACCACCAUUCUGUCAACAACUACCCCACCAACUACAAUAACCACGACUACACCAACUACAAUGUCCCCACCAACUACAACCACCAGUUCCUCAACAACUACCCCACCAACUACAAUAACCACGACUACACCAACUACAAUGUCCCCACUAACUACAACCACCAUUCCAUCAACAACUACCCCACCAACUACAAUAAUCACAACUACAACAACCCUGCCAACUACAACCACCAUUCCUUCAACAACUACCCCACCAAUUACAAUAACCAUCAUUAGACCAGCUACAACAACCACACAAAACAUGACCACCGUUCGCUCGACAACUAUCCCACCAACUACAAUAACCACAACUACACCAGCUACAAUAACCACACAAAGGACAACCCCCAUUCCCUCAACAAUGACCCUACCAACUACUGUAACCACCACUACACCAACUACAACAACCCCACCAACUACAACCACCAUUCCCUCAACAACUACCCCACCUACUACAAUAACCACUACUACUACAAGUACAACAACCCUACCAACUACAACCACCAUUCCGUCAACAAUUACCCCACCAACUACAACAACCCUGCCAACUACAACCACCAUUCCCUCAACACCACCAACUACAAUAACCACCACUAUACCAACUACAACAACCCCACCAACUACAACUACCAUUCCCUCAACAACUACCCCUCCAACUACAAUAACCACACAAAGCUCAACCAUCAUUUCCUCGAAAACGAACCCACCAACUACAACAGCCACCACUACAACAACCACACAAAUUACAACCAGCGUUCCCUCAACAACUACCCCACUACACACUACAACCAAUGCAUCAGCUACAACAAUGAUAUUGAAGCCCUAUCCACUCAAAAAGUGCAGGGCAUUUCGAGAGAAGUCUCCAGAGGAACGCCCCAAUCUCAACAACAGCCUGCUGGGUGUCCUCAUGCGGUUCCACAAGGAGCGAGUGGCAGUCACAGCUGAUAUCAAGCAGAUGUUCCAUUGUUUCUUGGUACAGGAAGGUCACUGGAACUUCUUGCGCUUCCUUUGGCACCGAAACAAUGACAUGGAGGAACCCAUAAUGGAGUACCGCAUGAGGGUUCACAUUUUCGAGAACAGCCCUUAA